AACAAAUGACAUAUGUUGACACUUACGUCAAUACAGUUAAUUUUGGUUUUUUGAGGUGUUUGUGUGUUUACCAAUUACGUGCUGGUGGAAAAGCGUAAAAUGUGUUUCGUUGACAUGAAUUGAAAACCCACGUUGCAUUCUUUAGGUGACGAUUCUCCCAUUUGGCUUUCGAUCCGAGUGCAAGAAAAGAAGCGAAGAUAGACUCCGUGUGGGGUUGGGCGUCUCCGCCCUUGCGCCUCCAACUGGCCUCCCACAUUCGGGGCACCUGCAGAAUGGGGGAGAUGGCAGUUGGAGAUCGCCCACCGUCUCCGGCGAGGCUCUCCCACACCUCAGAUAAACACCCAAAGAACACACUAACGGAACUAAACCUACUGAGAAGACAUCGGGAGCUAUGCGAUGUCGUCUUGAACGUCGGCACGAGGAAGAUCUUCGCACAUCGGGUCAUCCUGAGCGCUUGCAGCCCCUAUUUUCGCGCUAUGUUCACAGGGGAGUUGGCAGAGUCGCGACAAACCGAAGUCACGAUACGUGACAUUGAUGAAAUCGCCAUGGAUCUACUAAUCGACUUCUGCUAUACCUCUCAUAUCAUUGUCGAAGAGUCAAACGUGCAAAUGCUGCUGCCAGCAGCGUGUCUUUUACAACUGACUGAAAUUCAGGAUAUUUGUUGCGAGUUUUUAAAGCGUCAAUUAGAUCCGUCAAACUGUCUUGGGAUUAGAGCCUUCGCUGACACGCAUUCGUGUCGAGAACUGCUGAGAAUCGCCGAUAAGUUCACCCAGCAUAAUUUUCAAGAGGUCAUGGAAAGUGAAGAGUUUCUAUUGCUACCGGUUGGACAAUUAGUUGAUAUUAUUUCAAGUGAUGAGCUUAACGUUCGCACCGAAGAACAGGUUUUCAACGCUGUCAUGUCAUGGGUUAAGUACAACGUGACCGAGAGGAGGCAACACUUGCAUCAAGUUCUGCAACACGUCAGGUUGCCUUUAUUGAGCCCAAAAUUUUUGGUGGGGACUGUGGGUUCGGAUCUGUUAGUGCGUUCAGAUGAGUCAUGUCGAGAUCUUGUCGAUGAAGCAAAAAACUAUUUGCUGCUGCCCCAGGAGAGACCUUUAAUGCAGGGACCUAGAACUAGGCCUAGAAAACCUACUAGAAGGGGAGAAGUUUUGUUUGCUGUCGGAGGAUGGUGCAGUGGGGAUGCUAUUGCUUCUGUGGAAAAAUUUGAUCCACAAACUAUGGAAUGGAAAAUGGUUGCCCCCAUGAGCAAGAGGAGGUGCGGGGUUGGAGUUGCAGUUUUGAAUGAUUUAUUGUACGCCGUCGGGGGACAUGAUGGACAAAGUUACCUCAACAGCAUUGAAAGGUAUGACCCUCAAACCGACCAAUGGUCGUGCGACGUGGCCCCGACCACCUCCUGCCGAACUAGUGUGGGGGUGGCAGUACUCGACAACCUCCUCUACGCCGUUGGCGGUCAAGACGGCGUUCAGUGUCUGAAUCACGUCGAGAGAUACGAUCCCAAAGAAAACAAAUGGACCAAAGUAGCCCCGAUGACCACGAGGCGUUUAGGAGUUGCUGUGGCGGUGUUGGGUGGAUAUUUGUAUGCGAUAGGGGGCUCCGAUGGGCAAUCUCCUCUGAACACGGUGGAGAGAUAUGACCCGAGACACAAUAAGUGGGCUCUGGUUAGUCCCAUGUCGACUCGUAGGAAACAUUUAGGCUGUGCUGUCUUUAAUAAUUUAAUUUAUGCGGUUGGUGGUAGGGAUGAUUGCAUGGAACUCUCGAGCGCUGAGAGGUAUAAUCCCCAUACGAACACGUGGAGUCCCAUUGUGGCGAUGACUUCGAGGAGGAGUGGGGUUGGAUUAGCUGUAGUGAAUGGACAACUUUACGCUGUCGGAGGCUUCGACGGAACGGCCUACUUAAAAACGAUCGAAUUUUACGACACGGAACAAAACCAAUGGAGGCUGUGUGGUUCGAUGAAUUAUCGACGACUAGGGGGCGGCGUGGGCGUAAUGCGGGCCCCUCAGACGGAGAACCGAAUAUGGUAGUUGAUGCUGAAGAAAGAUGCAGCUUACUAUGUGUGGAUGCCUUUUACUCACAAUUUUGUAUAAACAGUUUUACAAAACCAGAAACUGCUUCUGUUUAGUCAAAUAUGCAUACAAAAUUGUAAGAUGAAGAUUUGUGAUUUGUAUUUUAUGUAUUACUGUUGGGAUCUCAGUCUUCUGGGAAAGUUGGAGUCCUGCUCUAGGAUGCAGUCUUUUUUUGAGUUAUUUUUAUUUCGAGCAAAUGUGAAGCAAUUUUAAAUUAAAUGCCAAAUAAAGAGCUAAGUCAAAAAAUUAAGUCGUGGCAGGUAAAAUAAAAUGUUUUGAUUUCCAGGGUUUUGAUUUGAGCUGGAAAGCUUCGUCGUUUUUGAAGUGUGCAAACUGAAUAUUUAUACAAAUAAUGCAAUAUUUUAAAUGAUCACUCUGUAUGAUCUGUGUUAGGGUUUCCAUAAAAGAGUUUUAAAUGUCUCUGUGUUUAUAUUUUCACUAUAGCGAUGAUAACUUACUUACGUGACAAUGAAAUUUUUGAAAUCAACAUCAAGUUUUUUUUAUUUUGUAAUUAGUGUUAAGAUUGCAGGUUUGACUCCACCAACUUUUUAUAAUAUAUUUUGUGGACUUCCCAGUCAUGUUACUCCGUUGUAAAUACACAACCACAUAAUUUUAAUUUUAUUAGUUAAUUUAUUUAUUUUAUAUUUUCCUUCAGUAGACAAUACUCAGUUAUUAUUAUAAUUCUGCACAAAAUACAUAUAUCAUGAAUUCUACUAGUUAGAGAGCUUCUCAUAAGUAGGAAGUCUUAAAGAAUAAUACAGAGACUUAUAAAUUUCAUGUUGAAUGUUAAAUCCUAAGUACCUAAUUGUUGAUCUUCAAACUUUUAUUCCUAUUUUACAACUGUCACAUUAUUUUUAAUAAUAAUCGUAAAUCAUUGUCAUAAGGAAUUAUACAUAACUGUAAUGAUUUUGUUGACAGCUUUUCUU